ACACACACAUACACACAAACACAAUCCCUCUCCCCCUCCCCCUCACACACACACGGGCACACACGCGCGCUCGCUCGAUCCCUGCUGGCCAGUGGCGGGGCCAUCUCCCACCGCCCGCUCCCGGGCUUCCAGCCGUGCCAGGCGCGGAGGAGUCCGUUCCCCGGCCCGGGCCGUGCCCUCGGCCCUCACCCUCUUCUCCCAGAAGUUGUGGCCUCCCGCCCGCCCUCUGCCUGGGCUCGCCGGGCUCUGCACUGCGUGGCUGCCCGCGGGAGGCUAGUGGAGUAGCACCGAGCACCGCCCCCGCAGGUUGAAAACUUCCCGCAGCUCCCUCCGAAGCUCCCUCCGGCCACACCGCGCGGCGCCCACGCCGGGGGGCUCCCGGCUCUGCCCCCCCGUACACCCCGGAACCACGAGCAGCGGCUGCCCCGGCAGCCCCCGACUUCGCCGCCAAGCUGGAGGAGCGACGGAAGCCCGAUCCCAGGAGGAUGGAGGAUGAAGCCGUCCUGGACAGAGGGGCUUCCUUCCUGAAACACGUGUGUGAUGAAGAGGAAGUGGAAGGUCACCACACCAUCUACAUUGGGGUUCACGUGCCGAAGAGCUAUCGCAGGCGGCGGCGCCACAAGAGGAAGACGGGUCACAGGGAAAAGAGGGAGAAGGAAAGAAACUCAGAGAACUAUUCUGACAAAUCCGAUGUGGACAAUGCUGAUGAGUCAAGCACUAGUAUCCUCAAACCACUCAUCUCCCCUGCGGCAGAACGUAUCCGCUUCAUCCUGGGGGAGGAAGAUGACAGCCCUGCACCCCCCCAGCUCUUCACCGAAUUGGAUGAGCUCCUGGCGGUGGAUGGGCAGGAGAUGGAGUGGAAGGAGACAGCCAGGUGGAUCAAGUUUGAAGAGAAAGUAGAACAGGGUGGUGAGAGAUGGAGCAAACCUCAUGUGGCCACGCUGUCCUUGCACAGUUUAUUUGAACUGAGGACGUGCAUGGAGAAGGGAUCCAUAAUGCUGGAUCGGGAAGCUUCUUCUCUCCCUCAGUUGGUGGAGAUGAUUGUUGAUAAUCAGAUUGAGACAGGCCUGUUGAAGGCUGACUUGAAGGACAAGGUGACCUACACCCUGCUCCGGAAGCAUCGGCAUCAGACUAAGAAAUCCAAUCUCCGAUCUCUGGCUGACAUCGGGAAGACCGUCUCCAGUGCAAGUAGGAUGUUUUCCAACCCUGAUAAUGGUAGCCCAGCCAUGACCCCUAGGAAUUUGACUUCCUCAAGUUUGAAUGACAUUUCUGAUAAACCAGAGAAGGACCAGCUAAAGAACAAGUUCAUGAAGAAACUUCCCCGUGAUGCGGAGGCCUCCAAUGUCCUGGUCGGGGAGGUGGACUUCCUGGAGAACCCUUUCAUUGCCUUUGUCCGAUUACAGCAGGCUGUCAUGCUGGGCGCCCUGACUGAGGUUCCAGUGCCCACACGGUUCCUGUUCAUUCUCUUAGGUCCCAAGGGAAAAGCAAAGUCUUACCAUGAGAUUGGCAGAGCCAUCGCUACUUUGAUGUCUGAUGAGGUGUUCCAUGAUAUCGCCUACAAAGCCAAGGAUAGGCAAGACCUGAUUGCUGGAAUUGAUGAGUUUUUAGAUGAAGUCAUUGUCCUUCCCCCAGGAGAGUGGGAUCCGGCCAUCAGGAUAGAGCCUCCAAAAAGUCUGCCAUCAUCAGACAAAAGGAAGAACAUGUACUCGGGUGGAGAGAAUGUACAAAUGAAUGGAGACACCCCCCAUGAUGGAGGACAUGGAGGGGGAGGGCAUGCGGAUUGUGAAGAACUACAGAGAACAGGAAGGUUCUGUGGUGGACUAAUUAAGGACAUAAAGAGGAAAGCACCAUUUUUUGCCAGUGACUUUUACGAUGCUUUAAAUAUCCAAGCUCUUUCCGCCAUCCUCUUCAUUUAUCUGGCAACGGUCACCAAUGCGAUCACUUUUGGUGGACUGCUGGGGGAUGCCACGGAAAACAUGCAGGGUGUGUUGGAGAGCUUCCUGGGUACGGCUGUCUCUGGAGCCAUCUUUUGUCUUUUUGCUGGCCAGCCCCUCACUAUCCUGAGCAGUACGGGACCUGUCCUUGUCUUUGAGAGGCUCUUGUUUAAUUUCAGCAAAGACAAUGGUUUUGACUACCUGGAGUUCCGUCUGUGGAUUGGUCUGUGGUCCUCCUUCCUCUGUCUCAUCUUGGUGGCCACAGACGCCAGCUUCUUAGUCCAAUAUUUCACCCGCUUCACUGAGGAGGGCUUCUCCUCUCUCAUCAGCUUCAUUUUCAUCUAUGACGCAUUCAAGAAGAUGAUCAAGCUGGCCGAUUACUAUCCGAUCAACUCCCACUUCAAAGUAGACUAUGUCACUCAGUUCUCUUGUGCCUGCAUCCCUCCAGACUCAGCUAACAUGUCAGCUUUUGAUGACAUGACUUUCACCCCCACGGGGUUAGCCACGCCUUCUUCUGCUGUUACGCCUCCUAAUGCCACCAUUGACUGGGCGUCUUUGUCUAAGAAGGAGUGUUUGAAAUAUGGUGGGGAGCUCGUGGGCAACACCUGCAAAUAUGUUCCUGAUAUCACGCUCAUGUCCUUUAUCCUCUUUCUUGGUACAUACACGUGCUCUAUGGCCCUGAAGAAGUUCAAAACCAGUCGCUAUUUUCCAACUCUGGCAAGAAAACUUAUUAGUGACUUUGCCAUUAUCCUGUCCAUCUUCAUUUUUUGUAUUGUCGAUGCCCUGGUAGGUGUGGACACUCCAAAACUAAUUGUGCCAAGUGAAUUCAAGCCAACAAGUCCCAACCGAGGCUGGUUUGUCCCACCCUUUGGAGGGAACCCCUGGUGGGUGUACCUUGCAUCUGCUAUUCCUGCCCUGCUGGUCACCAUCCUGAUUUUCAUGGACCAACAAAUCACAGCUGUUAUUGUUAAUAGAAAAGAACAUAAACUCAAGAAGGGAGCUGGCUACCAUCUGGAUCUCUUCUGGGUGGCCAUUCUCAUGAUUAUAUGUUCCUUCAUGGCUCUCCCGUGGUAUGUGGCUGCUACUGUCAUCUCCAUUGCUCACAUUGACAGUUUGAAGAUGGAGACGGAGACAUCUGCACCUGGAGAACAACCCAAGUUUCUAGGAGUCAGGGAACAAAGAGUCACUGGAACUCUUGUGUUUAUUCUGACUGGCCUGUCGGUCUUUAUGGCUCCCAUCUUGAAGUUUAUUCCCAUGCCUGUACUCUACGGUGUGUUCCUGUACAUGGGGGUCGCGUCUCUUAAUGGUGUGCAGUUCAUGGAUCGUCUGAAGCUGCUUCUGAUGCCCCUCAAACACCAGCCUGACUUCAUCUAUCUUCGCCACGUCCCUCUGCGUCGUGUCCAUCUGUUCACUUUCCUUCAGGUGCUGUGCCUGGCCCUUCUCUGGAUCCUCAAGUCCACAGUGGCCGCCAUUAUCUUUCCAGUCAUGAUCCUGGCUCUUGUAGCUGUCAGAAAAGGCAUGGACUACCUCUUUUCCCAGCAUGACCUCAGUUUCCUUGAUGAUGUCAUUCCAGAAAAGGACAAGAAAAAGAAAGAAGAUGAGAAGAAAAAGAAGAAGAAGAAAGGCAGUCUGGAUAGUGACAACGAUGAUUCUGACUGCCCUUACUCCGAAAAAGUUCCAAGUAUUAAAAUUCCAAUGGACAUCAUGGAACAACAGCCUUUCCUAAGUGACAGCAAGCCCGUUGACAGAGAAAAAUCACCAACAUUCCUUGAACGCCACACAUCAUGCUGAUAGAAUUCCUUUCCUUGAGUCGCUUGGGAUACCAAGCCCUCCUCGAACUCCAGUCAAAGUUGUGCCUCAAAUUCUAAUAGAACUGGAACCUGAAGAUGAUGGUUAUUUCUGGAGGAGCAAGGGAAC